AUGUCGGAUUACUCGACGGAUUCGUUGGAGGAUACGAACGAGGUGUCUCCGAGGAGUCCAGAUUCUUUGCUAAAGAACAAUGUCAGUCCCAACCUACAGCCAAUUAAAGCUACGAAUGAUUUAUCACACGAUGUUGCGUGCCGCUUGAAACCUACCAAUUCCCUUUUACCACGUAAACAAGAUACCGGAUGUAAUGAAACCACGUCGGGCAUUGGUGCCAGUAAAGACAGGGGGACAGUCGGCAGCAGGAAUGCGAUAAUUGCGAGCGGAGACACGUACAAACGACGACGCCCGGCGUCCUCAAAGAACAGAAAAGUAGACGUCACGGAUAGCCUUAAAAGAAACAACAUAGACAAUUCGAAGCAAAAGAAGGAGGUUGCCAAGAGGGUGGUUGCGCCUCGGUGUACCAAAGGUUCCGCAAAGGCGUUCACGUUGAAACAAAAUUGUUGCUCCAAGGAAAGUUCGAUGCCUGUGAAACGAGAGAAAAAGUUUGGCAAUGUAUCCGCAUCGAAUACUCGACAGACGAUGGAGUCGUGUUCCUAUCUGGAGCUUCAUUGUCGCAGAUUCAGUGGACCAUGGUACACCGUUCGAUCCCCCAAGGGUUCUACCUUGUCGGUUUGGGGGGACAGCCACCAAGAGGAGAUCACAGACGACGAGACACGUUCGUUGGCUAGCCCGAGGGACGAUCAAAGCGAGCUGAGCUUUUAUCGGCGUCUAAUCGAGACAUCCAACGAUCCUUUGGCCUCGGCCAUCCGAUCCUCCGAAACUGUGCAUCAGCCUGACCUACAGGACACGGACCUCCUCUCCUCCUCCUUCUCCUUCGACGAGAGAGUUAAGCAGCCGUCCGACGAUAAAUCGAAGAAGAGCGUGGGAUAUCGGCCGUACACCAUCGAGGAGUACAAGACCUUGUCGAUUCCGAAGCUCGAUCGAUCUCUUGGGCCCGAUAAAGUCGAGAUGCAAGCGAAGAGAGAGUGGCUGAUGCGGCGAAGAUCAUACGGGAAUUCAGUCAGCGCUCGUAAUUGUCAACGCAUGUUGCUGCAAGCACAGAAAACCAAGUUGAAGGACGACAUCGCUGAGAAAUGUUUCCUGCCUCCUUUGAAGGAUCAGGAGAUGGAUGCAAAGACAUCAGAUAAUUCGAUGUCUUCGAUGAUAUUCGAGGAUCAAGGAGGCACUUCGAAAACCAGAAGCGAACAUAGUAGGAAGACUUAUAAGAUCAGCAAGAUAACUUUACCGCGGAGGUCGAAGAAAUUCGUACGAACGUCUAGCUUCUGUUCGUCCUUAAACUCGCGCGACUUCAUCGAAGAUUCAUAUUUGGAGUCCCUAAGGCAACGCCAUCUUUACGAGAAGGAGAUGGUGGAUCGUAUAAUAAACCGAGCACUAUGCUCCCGAGAACACAGCAAACAACUUGCUGCAUAA